AUGAAGCUCCUACAGGUGUUUAUAGUGCUUGUUCUUCUCAUGGCACUGGUGCAUAGCAACACUGCAUCUUCACCUACUGUGAACAAAGAGGAAGAAGAAGAUGAUGAUGAACAUGAUGCUUCUGGUGAUGCCCAAGAGUAUGAUGAUGAUGAUUUGGUUGUUAGAUCUUCCGACCCUGCCGGCGGGCGGUUGUUGCUUGGCAAGAAGAGCAGUACUCAUGGGUUAACCUGCAACAAGUUUCCAAAGAUUUGCCGCCUUAAGGGAAGUCCAGGAAGCCAUUGCUGCAAGAAGAAGUGUGUUAACUUGUCAGGUGACAGACAAAAUUGUGGCAAGUGUGGGAGGAAGUGCAAGUAUGGCUACAUUUGCUGCAAAGGGAAGUGUGUGAAUCCGUCUGUGAGCAAGAGGCAUUGUGGUGGAUGUAACAAUCGGUGCAACACUGGGGGGUUCUGUGUUUUUGGCCUUUGCAACUAUGCUUAG